AUGACUGUCACCUACACAGCCAGAGUUGCAAACGCCCGUUUCUGUGGCUUCUCUAAGCUGCUGCUUGCCUGGAAAGGCAGCAUCUACAAGGUGCUGUACAAAGAGUUCCUGGCUUUCUUUGCCAUGUAUGCCGCCAUCAGCAUCACUUACAGAUUUUUCCUGUAUGAUGAUCAGAAGAGGUAUUUUGAAAAGCUGGCAAUUUAUUGCAACCACUAUGCCAGUCUCAUCCCUAUGUCCUUUGUACUGGGUUUCUAUGUGACCCUGGUGGUGAACCGUUGGUGGAGCCAGUACACCAGCAUCCCGCUCCCAGACAGGCUCAUGUGCGUCCUGUCUGGGGGCCUCCAGGGGAGCGAUGAGAGGGGUCGCCUGCUGAGACGAACCAUGAUGCGUUACGCCAGUCUGUCUGCCCUGCUCAUCCUCCGCUCUGUCAGCACGGCGGUAUUCAAACGUUUCCCCACCAUGGACCACGUGGUGGAGGCUGGAUUCAUGUCAAGAGAGGAACGAAAGAAGUUUGAGGGUCUCCACUCUCCUUAUAACAAAUACUGGAUCCCCUGCGUUUGGUUCACAAACCUGGCGGCUGUGGCCCGCUGUGAGGGCAGGAUCAAAGAUGAUCACACACUCAAACUACUGCUGGAGGCGCUGAAUGCGUUCAGAGGGAAGUGCAGCAUGCUGUUUCAUUACGACAUGAUCAGUGUUCCUCUGGUCUACACUCAGGUGGUGACUCUGGCAGUGUACAGUUUUUUCCUGGUGUGUUUGAUUGGUCGCCAGUUCCUGGACCCCAAUCAAGGUUAUCCAGGUCAUGACCUCGACCUCUACGUGCCCAUCUUCACUUUGCUACAGUUCUUCUUUUAUGCCGGGUGGCUCAAGGUUGCAGAGCAGCUGAUCAACCCUUUUGGAGAAGAUGAUGACGACUUUGAGACCAACUGGCUGAUAGACAGAAAUUUCCAGGUGUCCAUGAUGGCGGUGGACGAGAUGUAUGGAGAUCUGCCGAUGAUGGAGAGAGAUCGUUACUGGAAUGACUCCAACCCUAGGCCUCCCUACACUGCCGCCACUCUCUUUGUCCUCCGCAAACCCUCCUUCCAGGGGUCCACUUUCGACAUGGCGAUCCCUAAAGAGGAGAUGCACUUCCAGCCUCUGGAGAAUAUUGCCGAAAACAUGGAAGAGUCGGGCAGUCGUCACGCCAACAUGGCCCUCUUUAACCGCCUUCUCAAUGCAGCCCCCUCCCCAACUGGCUUCAUGGGAGGGGCUCUUCGCCGCACCUCAGCACAGCUCCAGAGGCUACGCCACUCUCCCAGCAUUGACCAAUGCACCAGCGAUGAUGACGACGAUGAAGGCGGUAAAAUAGGUAAAGGUGGGUCUCUGCCUUCAGGGCUGGGGCAGGACACCCAGAGCACUGUGUGCAGCUUCAGGGAGGAGGUGAGCGCCAGAACGCCUCUGCUGGAGAUUCAGUUUGGUGCAGAGCAGGAGAGGCGAGGAGGGCAUCCUGCCGUCGGUGAGAAGAGGGAGGUGAGUGGAGUGGAGGGGAAGAGUGAUGAAGAGUGGCAGAUGUGGGAGGAAAGAAGGAGCGAAGAGAGUACAAUGGAGGAGAGCCAAGCUCCUGUGUCACUGCUUCCUCCACCCCCCGAGUCCUCAAGAGAGACGACCACUCAGUCAGCCUCCGCCACUCCUUUCACCUCCCGUCACCCCUCUGCCUUCCUGUUUCACCCAGCUGUCCACUCCAGUCUGGAGCACUGCAGCUCCCAGCCAGCCAUCAACCAGAACAGAGCUGUGCCCGCCAUUUCCAAACCUCCCUUUGGUGGAAACAAAAUGUCAUUACUCACUGUGCCGUCUUACGACGAACCUCAGCGCUUUCGCAGUGUGAGCAUGGGAUCAGAGCUCACUGGGUCCUAGGUGGACGAUGGAUUGUGAUGUUCCCAUGAACUUUUGACUGUUUGAAACCAUAAUGAUCGAUUCAGUGCACAUUUUCAAGAGUGAAAUUAGUCAUAGAUAUAAAACUGUGCUUCCACUAUUACUUUGAAUCUGCAGCACUUUUGGAGCAGAGAGAAAAAUGAAAAAAUAUUAAAUAAAAGACAAUGUUGAACUCCCAGAUUUUGUUUAGAGAGGCAAAAUCCCUCCACCUCUGCUGGACCACCAGCAAGAUACAAUAUGACACAAAUGGACAUGUAGGUGACAUGGGACAUCACACGCUGACUGCUGCAAACUCCAUACAGAUAGGCCCCAGGGGGUCAAGGAGGAGUGUGUGUUUAAAAAUGUGUUUGUUUGUUGUUUUUUUCAGUUAUCUGCACAUUAUAUUUUAGAAUAUCAACAUAUUGCCUGUUAUUAGGCUACUGAAGACUGUACAUGUAUUUUAUCAUUAACCUUAAUUUGUACUGAAAAAACAAAAAAAGGUGCUGAAAUGAACAGACAAAAGUGGGGGAC